CGUGUGCUUGGGGACUUGGCAGCUUGGGCAUGGGUCCAUUCCAGUCUGGGGAUUCGGACGCUGCGAGAAGUGUAUCCUCUGCUGCCUGGGCUCGAGCCACCGUCUGAUUGUCUUGCUUCCUUUGGCAUUGCCCAUCUUGCUGAAUUCGUGUGCAUUAUUGGUUUCAGACAGUCUGGAGCCGUUACUUUGUUACACUUAGCCAAGUGUUGGCAUUUAGCCUCCGCUCCGAGUUCUAUUGUCUGUCUGACAUCCCAGUUUCUGGAAGAGCAUUCUUCCGCUCCAAGCCUGUGUCUGCGUUUGUCUCUGCGGGUUGCCUCCUCACCGUUAGUGACUACAUUUAACAACACUCUUUCACUGACAGCCAAUCACUAA